CUCCAAAAUUUUGAUUUCUCCCACCGUAUCGCACUCCCAAAGACUUUGAACCCCCACCAUCCAUCUUCAAUUCGGUCUUCUGUCACUCAUCUCCCCCCUGAAUUCAAAAUGUCGUUCGGAAAGCUCUACGGAUUUCCUGACAAUGCUCGAUCUACCGCUCUCCUAGCAAUCGCAAAGGAGUACAACCUCGACAUUGAGCUGGUCGAGACUCGUCCUCCCAAUGUUACCGCUGAUUACCUCAAGCUCAACCCUCUUGGCCGCGUUCCAACUUUCGUGGGCUCCAAUGGCUUCGUCCUGACAGAGUCGAUCGCAAUCGCCAUCUACCUUGCAUCACAAAACGAGAAGACAACCCUUCUUGGAAAGACCAAGCAAGACUAUGCCACCAUUGUUCGCUGGUUGUCCUUUUCCAAUGCCGAGUUCAUGCCCAGUCUGAGUCAGUGGUUCCGACCUCUCAUUGGCAAGGACCCAUACAACAAGAAGACCGUUGAUGAUGCAAAGGCUGCUACCCUCAAGGUCCUCGCUGUCUACGAGCAACACUUUCUGGUGAACACAUUCCUCGUGGGGGAACGCCUGACCCUGGCCGAUCUCUACACCGCAUCCCAGAUGUCCCGUGGCUUCCAAUUCGUCCUUGACAAGGCCUGGCGUGCCGAGAACCCCAACACCACCCGUUGGUUCGAGACCGUCGUCAAUCAACCCAUCUGGAAGGCCGUUGUGGCGAGCCCCAUCUUUGUCGAAGAGGCUGUCAAAUAUACUCCUCCAAAGAAAGACCCCAAGCCUGCCAAAGCCCCCACCCCAGCAGCUCCCAAGGCUGAGAAGAAGCCCGCUGUUGAGGAAGAAGACGACGAGCCCAAGCCGGAAGUCAAGGCUAAGCAUCCUCUUGAGUCCCUCUCCAAGCCUACCCUCAUCCUUGAUGACUGGAAGCGAAAGUACUCCAACGAGGACACUCGUUCAGUGGCUUUGCCAUGGUUCUGGGAGCAAUACAAGCCGGAGGAGUACUCCCUGUGGAAGGUUGACUACAAGUACAACGACGAGCUGACUCAAGUUUUCAUGACCUCCAAUCUCAUUGGUGGCUUCUUCGCCCGACUUGAGGCAUCACGCAAAUACCUCUUCGGAGCUGCCUCGGUCUUUGGUGUUGCCAACGACUCGGUGAUCCAAGGUGCUUUCUUGGUGCGUGGUGACGAGGCACUCCCAGCAUUUGACGUCGCCCCCGACUGGGAAAGCUACGAGUUCACCAAGCUCGACCCAACCAAGGCCGAGGACAAAGAAUUUGUCAACGACCAGUGGUCCUGGGACAAGCCUAUUGUGGUCGGAGGCAAGACAUACGAAUGGGCUGAUGGCAAGGUCUUCAAGUAGACCGACCUCGAUUCAGCUACCAUUUGAAGACGAGAUCAGGAUGGCGUGGAAUCAUGAAACGAGAAAUGAAUUGUGAUAAUGUGAGGCCGAGAAAUGAUAUCUCUGCAGGGCUCAGAUUGCCUUGACCAGCAUUGUCAAUGAAUAGUGCAGGCAGUUGAAACCAAGAUAUGAGAUUUUCAGUUUUCUUGCUUUAUGUAUCACGAUCGCAUCGCUUCUAUCUUAUGGUGUGGAACUCAUUCACUGUCAAUGCUUCACCUACCUACCUUCGACACUAAAUGAUUACGGGCUUUAACGUGCAUAAAUGGACAGAUAGACAUACAAUCCUUCGUCGUCAGUUUGUAGGUCUAUAUUUGGUAACAAAAGGCGCAGCCACAGGCAACUUAACCUAUACAAAUCCCAUAG